GAGUAUAUCCACAGGACGUGAGUGCCGGCAGCAGAGGAGGGGGGGGGGGCUUCCAGACUGGAUGGGCCCAGCGAUGCCUUGAUGGAGUAUGGGCCAGGUUUUAGGAUUCUCCCACUGCCAGGAAUAUGGCUCUGUGGCAUCCACUCCGGACUCAACUCCUCCAUGCACCGAUGGCGGAAACGAGGAGUCCGAGAUGUGCGAGCUGCAGACAGCCAGGGAGUGGUCUGACGACGACGUGGGGGGAGAUGGAGAUCCAGAUGAUGACGAGGGACUGGCUUCAUCCCCGUCCAUUUGGGGCACGCCGCGCCAGCACUCCUACGAGCUGACUUUCUCUUACAUCGCCAUUGCCGAGGCCGAAGCGGUGGGAGCCUCGAGACACAUCCGUGACAGACGCAGGGGCGGAUCUCGGGGAAGUCGCACCCCUUUGAUCCGCACGGACACCCUGGAAACGCUGCUGGACUCCCCCGAUGUAGACUGGGACCCUCAGGCCUUUGUCAAUCAAGAGGAAGAAGAGGAAGAAAGGAGAGAGCAAGAGAGGGCUGAGGCAGCAGAGAGGAGGGAGCAGCACAGACAAACUGAGACUAUUACAAUUCAGCCCUCUCCCCAAAAUCUGGACCCAGAAACUCAGGAGAGAGAUGCAGGAAUCCAAAGAGAGCAGUCUCCGAGCAGUCUGACCCAGAUUGCCCAGCAUCCCUCCCAGUCUUCCCAGCAUCAAAGCCCCUCACCGAUACAUCAGGCAGCAGCCUCACCGACCCCCGAGCCAGAGUCUCCCGUCACCAGGGAGAGCAUUUCAGUCAAGCUCCUCACAUCUGUGCGACCCAGAGGCCCGGCGUCCUCGUCGCCAGCUGCUAUUGGUCAAAACUCUCAGGAACAGCUGGUCAGCGAUCACUGGUUUUCAGCACUUAACCUAUCAGAGGACACGACAGUAUGCACUCACAUAGCAGUAAUGGACCUGAUCUACUGGAAGGACACGGAGCGAACAGGCAUGAUCCUAACGGGCUUAGUGGUCGGCCUGCUGUCCCUGUUCCAGCUCAGCAUCAUCACCGUCAUCUCCACAGUCUCACUGGCUGUCAUGUGCUUCACCAUCUCUGUGCGCAUCUACUACCAAGUCCUCUACAUCCUGAACUGGGGUGACGGAGAGCACCCCUUCAAGUCAUACCUGGGCCUGGACAUCAGUUUCAGUGGAGAGGAGGCUGAUGGUUAUAUGCAGAAAGCCAUCGUCAUGGUUCUGUCUGCUCUUGACUCUCUGAAGGGACUCUUUUUUGUUAGAAACCUCGUUGAGUCCAUCAAGUUCCUGGUUCUGAUGUACCUUGUGACAUACCUGGGAGAGCUGUGCAAUGGCCUUACUCUGCUCAUCAUCAGUGUGAUCGCUCUCUUUUCUCUGCCACUUUUCUACAGACAACACCAGGAGCAGGUGGAUGCGUUCAUUGCAAAAAUCCAGGCCAACAUUGAUAACGUCAAGGACACCUUUCAAAGACUUGCCCAUGGUGGUGGCCCUCCUCCUGACCCAACUCCUGGUGGUGCCAAACCCAAAACCCAGUAAACGCUGAUGGACAAGGACUUAAAGAAAAGCUCCCAGAGUUGCAGGCUGUCACUCAGAUGUCUUACCCAGCAGUCUGUGCUCACAGCUCCAGAGAACGGAGCUCCAGAGACUGGGGAAGGGAAGGGAGGUUACUUAAACGGACAAUGACGAGGAUCACGCAUGGUACUUUAUACUCUUACUGUAUCUAAGUUAUGGGGGUUGGAGGUUGGGGACGGGGUUAAAACUUACGGUGAAAUCAAGGUGUAUGAAUCCUGGAUGAGACUCUUGCUGCUGAUGUCAGAGGCGGAAAGAUUCAGUGACACAGCUUGUCGUAUGUGACCAUCCUUGGAAGUACUCACUGUUUUUAAUAUGUACCAAUGACUCAAGAAGUGUCUUAGAUUGUUGAGAGAUGUAGUCCAAAUGAGGUACUAAGACCAGGAGUGGGAAGUGCCCACACCGACAGCUACUCGCCUGAGAAGAGGGAGGUCAGUUGUUGAGGUAAAAACAGGGGUCAUCAUUACUCAUGGCAGCAUCAAACUGGCAAUUAAAGAUGCAUGUGUCAGCACAUGUACUUUUUCUGAUUGCGUAAUCAUCCUCAUGACUGUAUCUCUGUGUGUGUGCAAGGAUGAGUGUGUGUGUGCGUAUGUGUAUGUGUGUGCACGUGUAACUCCUGACAUACAGCUUGCUGAAAUGAAAAUGUUACUUACAAGCAAUUAAAGUCACGUUUCUUCUUUA